GUAAGAUUUCACAGUCAAGCUAUCCUGUUAAUUCCCUUGACUCCUCAGAGGAUCUAAGAAGCUACAGACAUGUCUUCUGAAUUCCCUGCAGUAACACUGGUUCCAGAAAUGGACACUUUCACAACUUCUCAGACAAACAACUCUACCUGUGACUUGUACGAACAUAAAGAUACAGCCAGGAUACUACUGUCUGUGUUCUACAGCUUUAUUUUGAUUCUUGGAGUGCUUGGAAACGCAAUUGCCCUCGCUGUCAUUUUUAAAAACAGAAAGAAGAUCAACUCUACUACCCUCUAUUCAACCAACCUUGUCUUCUCAGAUCUGUUGUUCUGUAUUGCCUUGCCUACAAGGAUAACCUAUUAUGCCCUGGGAUUCCACUGGCCCUUUGGAGAAGCAUUAUGCCGAAUAACUGCUCUCAUGUUUUAUAUCAACACUUACGCAGGUGUAAACUUCAUGACGUGUUUGAGCAUUGACAGGUUUUUUGCUGUUGUCCACCCUUUCCGAUACAAAAUCAGAAGGAUUAAAUAUGCCAAGGGCAUUUGUGUAUUUAUCUGGUUUCUUGUAUUUAGUCAAACGUUUCCUUUACUUAUACAACCUAUGUCACACAAAGAUGAAGAAAGGACUACAUGUAUGGAAUACCCAAACUUUGAAAGAAUCUCACAUCUACCAUUUAUACUUCUUGCUGCCUGUUUAAUAGGGUACCUUAUUCCCCUUGGGAUUAUACUGUUUUGUUACUCUCAAAUUAGUUGCAAACUUUUCCAAACUGCCAAGGAAAAUCCACUGACUGAAAAAUCAGGGAUAAACAAAAAAGCCAUCAAUACAAUCAUAUUUGUAAUUAUAGUGUUCAUAAUCUGCUUUACCCCUUAUCAUGUUGCAAUUAUACAACACAUGAUUAAAAAGCUUCAGAAUGAACCCUUAUGCAAUGAAAAACAAAUUUUCCAGAAGUCACUCCAUUAUACUGUGUUUCUGAUGAAUUUUAACUGCUGCCUAGAUCCUUUUAUCUAUUUCUUUGCAUGCAAAGGAUACAAGAGAACUGUAAUGAAAAUACUGAGACGACAAGUGAGUAUAUCAAUUUCAAGUGCUGUCAGGUCACAUCAUGAGGAAAGCUCACGUGAUGUGGGAGAAACACAAAUGAUGGUACUUGCAAAAUCUUCCAACGGAAAGUCAUCUGAAAAACAAAGUCUGUAGUGCACUGCAGUGAAGCAAGCUUAAAAAUCCUUGGUCCACAGUAAAUGCUCUUUGUGCUCUUGUGUGGCAACUUCUAUAAGACUCUUUCUCAGAGCAUCAGGAA